GUUAAAUUUUACAGGGUUUGAAAGAAAUUAGCUCUUUUUUAAAUUUAUUAACAUGCUCCAAAACUAUUUAAUUAAAAUAUUCUAUUUAAAGCUUUAUAAAAUAAAAAUACUUUUAAUAUAGUUGGUUAAUUUUCUUCAAAUUAAAAAAAUGUCACUAAAAAUAUUAUCAAAACUAUGUUACUCUAUGAAACAAUCUACAUUUUUAAGUUGUAUUAAUCAAUAUGCUUCCCAAAAAAAUACAAAGACUAAACAUGUAGAGUUGGAUCCAUUCUUGGCACCAUAUAGUAAAUCUCCAAAUGAUCAACAAAGACUCUAUGUAUGGGGAAUGGCUGAACAUGGUGCUUUAGGAGAUUUAAAAAUAAGGUCUAGAGAAAAAAAAAUUACAUUUUUAUAUAGACCAGUAAGGUUGCGGUUUGCAUAUUCUCAUAAGAUCACAGAUGUAGCUUGUGGAUAUGGUUUUACAGUUUAUGCUGUGGAAAGUAAAAAUUAUAAACUUUUUGGAAGUGGUCUUAAUGCAGAUUCACAGAUAGGAUACCAUGAUCCCAGAAGAGGGCAUCCACUAGGAAUAAUUUUAGCUAAUAUACCAAUUCAGGUAAAGUUUAAAUAUUCGGAUACUAGAAUAAAAGCAGUAGCAGCUGGCCGUGCUCAUACCUUAUUAUUAACCAGUACAGAAGGUGUUUAUGCAUUAGGAAAUAAUUCAUUUGGUCAAUGUGGACGUAAAAUUAUUGAUAAUGAGGACUAUACUAAGCUAAGAGAAGCAAAUAAUUUUGUGUUAAAUGAAGGCAUUUCCAAAGUAGUAUGUGGCCAAGAUCAUAGUUUAUUUGUUACCAAAUCUGGAAGAGUGUAUGCAUGUGGAUGGGGUGCAGAUGGUCAAACUGGCUUAGGACAUUACAAAAAUGAGUCAAAUCCCACAUUAAUUGAAGGAGAUAUUAAAGACGAAAACAUUGUUAAAGUAUCUUCUUCAGCUGAUUGUUGUCUUGCCUUAAAUGACAAGGGUGAAGUUUUUGGUUGGGGUAAUUCAGAAUAUGGCCAAUUACUCUUGGACCAAAAUAUUUAUCAGGUCAAUACUCCAAGAGCAUUAUCAUUGAACAAAACUGUUGGCAAAGUAAUUGAUAUUGCUACUUCUGGUUCAUCAUGUAUUGUUUUAAAUGAUGAAGGAACAGUGUUUGUUUGGGGUUUUGGAAUUUUAGGUAAAGGUCCUGAAUUUAAACAAACUUCUACACCAUCUCCAAUACCACCAACACUGUUUGGUCGUAAUGAAUUUAAUCCUUCUACAAGUGUUAAAUCAGUUUAUGGUAGCUUAUUUUACAUGGCAGCAAUAACAACUGAAGGAAAUUUAUAUACAUGGGGAAAAAAUAAGUGGGGUCAACUUGGUCUUGGUCAUUUAAAAGAUCAAUAUUUUCCUUUAAAAAGUUCAAAUCAUCUAGUACACUUACUAGCCACGAAAACAGAUAGUAUUUAGAUGACUCAAAGAAAAAAUUGAUGUUUAAGAAAAUGUACGAAGAAACAAUAUAAAUCAAGAAGUUGAUAAAUUCAUUAUGGCCCUAUUCAUUAAUAGAUAAUUAUAAAAAUGUGAGUGCUAGGCGUGUGAAUAGUGUCUGGGCAUUAUUAAUGAUUUUUUUAAUGGACAUAACAAAAUUUAUGUAAACUAUAAUUUAUGAUCUCUUAUAAACUUUAAUAUUUUUAUAUUUAUAUUGAUUUUUGACUUAUGUUUUUUAUUUAAAAGAUUACUCUGUUGCAUGUAUAAUUAAAUUUAAUUGAGCUAAUAAAGAUCUUAAUAGUAAAAUUUUUAUAAAAAUUAGAGAAUUGUACAUAUUCUAAUAUGAAAACACAAAAGACCUGAUAAAAAUAUUAUAUUUCAGUACACCCGUAAAAUGUUUUUUUCCAUCUUUAAUGUUGAUGUGAUACUCUUCUCCUAAAGUCUACUGAGUAUGUGCACAAAUAGAGCCAAUGAUCAAGUAUUCGGCUAUGCAUUUUUUCCAGACACUAUAAUACAUAUAUAUUGCAAAAAUCAUGUAUAUUAUACACUGUUCUCUUAUCUAAAAUCAUGUUAAAAUAUUUUAAUUUAUU